GAUGUUCGACAUGUUGUAGUAAAUCCAUCACAGUAACUUUCUAUCAUGCCGCUGAAUCUCACAACACGACUCGGACUGACCAACUUGAAGGAAAGGAUUUCCGUACGACGUUUCUACAUCCCAAGUUGUCACUCCACGGUGCCCACGUCAUUGUACAUCCAUAUGCUUUUUCAAGACUUCAUUCAUAAGUACCCUGUUGCUGAAUGGCUAUUUUUGUUGAAGCAACCACACAACGAAAUUGCAUCUCACUGUUUCGUCCAUGAGCUCAAGUUCUGCAAGGGAAGCAGCGGGCCAGAACAUGAUUUUGUGUUGGCAUAUAUCUGCCAUCCAAAUCCCAGCACUUCUAUCCGCUCAGUAAUGAAGAUAGAACGCGUUGUAGAUGCUGAUCUUUGCCAAGCGUGGAAGGACUUGAAGAAAGAGAAUGGAAACGAACAAGAAGAUCCGAGGGAGACAAUUCAGGAGGUUGAGGAGAGGACAGUGUUAAUGGCUGCCCAACCGUAUGAUGAAUGCUUUGGCACAAUCACGUAUCCUCGUGGCAUUGGGACGUCGACACCCAGAGUCUACCAUCUCUCUAUACUUGCUGGUAUUGUCGGUAUUCACUACAAACCACAUGGAAGCCAGUACUAC